AUGCCUUACGACCUGCGAAAACGUAGGACGGACGAACCUAUAGCUGCUGAUAAUUCAACAGAGCCCACAACUGCUGAUGGUUCAGCAGGAUCUACAGCUGUUGAUGACCCAGCAGAAUCCAUGGCUACUGAUGACCCGGCAGGACCUACAGUUCCUAACACUCCAGUAAGGUUCACUGGCACGUCUACAGGAGGAAAACGCCCAGAAGUCAUAAGUCAACUAGGAGACGUUAUCCUUGAACUUACCGACAAAACAUCUGGAAAGGAACUGCGCAAGCUUUUGGUCUCGUCUGUAGUCCUUAGCCAUGCUUCGCGGUUAUUUUCCAUGAUGUUUAGCCAUGGCUCCGAUAAGGGUGACGCUUUGUCAACAAGUUCACCGCGCACUGUACCACUCCCUGAUGAUGAUCCGAAUUCGAUUUGUCUGAUAUGCCUAAUCAGUCAUCUCAAAAUCUUCCAGCUGCCAGAGAGGCUGAAUAUGACCGAAUUCACCAAUUUUAAUCCAGAGGACGCAGAUUUCGAGAAGCUGAUCCUUGCUACGCACUUCCUCGAUCUGUUCCGGGCGUUCAACAUAGUCACAAGAAGUAUAAUUCAAGACCGGUCAACCAUCACGGACAUCGCCACUGCUAUGGGAGGGCAUGAAACACUGCCAGUAGCUCUCUUUGAGAAAGUGAAAGCUGCCCAGAUACUCUCUCAGAAGCAAGUGGAGGAAGCUCUUGGUGCUCUUAUGAACGAAAAGGACGCAUGCGAAGGAUUCAAGUUGCGUGUUGGCACUGUGGUUCAUGCGCUCGUGUCCGGAGGAAUGUGGCCCCUCGGGAAACAAUCCAUCAAGAAGGUCAGGGACCGACUGAAGCAGGUUGGUGGUCCUACUACCAGGACUGUGGCCAAGCUUUGCGAAAACCCCAACUGUCCCUUCGUUCGUCAGCUCAAACAGAUGUAUGCCGAUAUCAAGGGCAUGUGCCUCGACUGUGCGCACCGCAAUGGCUUGGGAACACACGAAUCUGACAUUUUCUUCAUGUGUCGCCUUGAGAAUUGCCCGGAUACCUGA